CGGUUCGCCGGAUAAUCGAUCUAAGGUGCGCCAGUUGCCAGCUUUAUUAUUAAGCCCUUGUCCAUCGUCGUCAACUGUCCAAGUUGUAACUCCAGGUAGUCCAGUACACACUAGUUUUAAGCGUGCUUGCUGUACACCAAAUUCAGACAAGGACUCUCCAAUGUCUUCUACUGUACGCCAGAAGGGGACACGCGCGAUGACCCCUGUAAAACAUUCUCCACGAACAUUUGCUGGCUCAAAAACAGGCUGUACUGUACGAGAAUUGGCAACUGCAUAUCAGAAUCACAUUGGAGAAACCCUUAAUGAGGUUGAAGAGCUAACUUCUGAGGAGUGUGAGGUAACACACUCCCCAGCGCAUGUAACACGACAUGCACGAGUUAGACAUGCAAAGACUCCAGACUCCCAGAGAGUUCGGAUAAAGCCCCCUGCCAGAACCCCACCUGCAACUUGUCCUUCAGAUAAGGUUAUUCGACCAAAGAAGAUUUUACUCAGCAGCAGCAGCAGUACCCAUGGUAGCUCUCGUGAUACACCAAAAACUUUCUCAAGAAGUCGGCUGAUGCUUACCUCGUCAUCCUCGGUAAAACACAAAAUACAAAAGGUUUUGCAUACAGUAUUUAUUAUAUACAGGAACACCCUGGUUAAUGAGAGGGCUAAGGACUGA